AUGGCGACGAGCACCAACGAGUGCGGCGGCGCUUCGGACCCGACGACGGCGUCAGCGCGCAACUUGCGGCGCGUGGGCGUGGGGGUGCACGUGCUGAACGUCGGCGACAUCUACCUGCACGUCGAGCUAAACAAGGACGGCACCGACCGGCUCUACGCGGCGCAGGCGCCGUACACCGCCGACCGACUGCGCGAGGAUGACCUCAAGCGCUCGGAUAAGGGCCUCUUUAUGGUCAACAUCGACCGGUACCGUUCGGUCGAGAUGGUGAACGGCACGCUCCACCACUACCGCGUCCAGUCCAACUUUUACUUUCGGACGAACGUGCGCGACUGGCCGCUGCAGACGGAGCGGCUCGAGCUGCUGAUGGAGAUGUACGAGGAGACCUUCAAGAGCAGCCCGACGAUGUUCUUUUGCAUCAUGCCCGAGUUGUCGGGCCUCUCGCAGUCCGUCCGAUUCCCCGGCUCGCUCGACAACCAGGCGAGCCUUCCGGGAAAGCUGCACCGCCGCGCCCGCGCUGCACACCGCCUCUCCUACGAGACGCACAUCAACCAGACUUGCUCCCCGCCCUUCCUGCGGCCGGUGCGCCAGCGCGCGCUGGCCGAGUCUCACAACGGCAUCUUCGACCACGAGUGCCGCUGUGAGGUGGUGUCGGACUACACGCCCGGCUCCGACCGUGAGUCGUGCGGCUGCCAGGGCGGGCGGAUCACGUCGUCGCGCCUCUCGUUUGCGAUCCUGUACGAGACGCCCGCCGCCGGCGCCGUGAUCAGCGUCUACAUGGCGCCCGCCUUCAUCAUGGUGAUCGCCCUCGUCACGUACUCGAUCCCGCCAAAGGCGGUGGAGACGCGCUUCUCGCUCGCAAACUCGGGGCUCGUGUCGCUCGUCCUCUUCCACUCGGGCCUAUCGACCCUCCCCGUCACCGGCAUCCUCACCAAAGCGGACUACCUGAUGAUCGCCUGCUACCUCGCCCUCUCCUCCUCCUUCGUCAUCACCGCCCUCAUUCUCUCGCUGCGCUUCAACGAGUGCGCGUGCCCGCGUCCCAGCCUCGUCCUCUGGUACCCGCGCACGGCGCACGCCGUCUUCAUCUGGAGCCGCAUUCUCGGCCCUUUCCUCACGAUCCUCUUCUUCCUCGGCGCCGACCUCGCCCGAUACUACGACGACGCGAAACCCCUCCAUCGGGAGCAACGCAUUGCCCGCAUCGAUAAUCGCGCCGAACUGGGCAGGGCGCCGUACCCCGCCGACCGACUGCGCGAGGUCCUCCGCCGCCUCGGCCACUCCCAGCCAAAGUCGGAGCGCGGCAAGGCGAUCAAGCGCCUCUCGCGGGUGCUGCUGCGCGGAGGCAAGGCGGCGCUCAGCCUCGCGGACAGCCGCGGCGGGGACGGGCGCGAGUCGGGGUGGAGCGUGGCGGGAUCGAUCGAGUCGUUGGUGGCGCUGCAGCGCUCCACCUCGGAGCAGAUGGGCGCGCUGCAGAGGCAGCUCGAGGCGCUGCAGGAGAUGCAGCGCAAGCAGCUCGACCACGCCCGCCGCGAGUCCACCUUGCCGCGCGAGACGGAACUGCAGGUCUUGCUGCCGCGCCACCGCUCGCCGGGGGCGCCGCCGCAGCUGCCGCAGUCGGCGUCGGUGGACGCUCGGCUGGGGAGCGUUGCCGACCUCAGCCUCUCGUCGCGCGCACUCACCGAUGGGGCGGAGGAGCCGGCCGAUGGGGCUCCCGAGGCUCCGCCGAGGGAGGAGCCAGGCGAGAGCCGCGGGUCGGACGAGACGGGGUGGCGGGCGGCGAUCGUGGCGAACACAGCCCCGCAGCACUUUGCUCCGGUGCAGCAGCACCCGCAGGCCCCCUACUAGCUCUGUAGGCCACACCGUGAACUUAGAAGUAGCAUCGAGAAAAAUAUAUGUCUUAUGUGCUCGCUGCGUUCAUUAUUGUUUGCUACUACACUGCGUGAGCGUGUACAGU